AGAAAUCCACCAAUCAGGGAGCGGUUCUGCUAGUAAUGUUGUCCGGGUUUGUCAGUGCCUAGUGCCAUGUGGAAAAAACGGCUCUAAGCGGGUUGUGACACCGUAAACCGAAACGUUUUGGAGUAGUGUAACAGCCUCAGUCGACCAUGAGUCUUUUACCUCGCACUGCCGAGGAGUUCAGCUCUGCAGAGUACUGGGAGAGAUUUUUUAAGAAGCGCGGAGAGAAGGCUUUUGAGUGGUAUGGAGACUACAACAAACUCUGCGGCGUCUUGCAUAGAUACAUCAAAGUGCACGAUCAGGUGUUGGUGGUUGGUUGUGGUAACUCUGAGCUGAGUGAACAGCUUUAUGAUGUUGGCUACAAACAUCUGACUAACAUUGACAUCAGUGAGACAGUGGUGACCCAUAUGAACCAGCGAAACGCUGAGCGCCGGCCAGGCCUGACCUUCCAGCAGGUGGAUGCUACACAGACUCCAUAUGAGGACGGCAGCUACCAGGCUGCUCUGGACAAAGGCACGUUAGAUGCCAUGGCAUCUGAAGAGGACGGAGCUCUGGCCAGGAAGAUGCUCACUGAGGUGGGCCGCGUGCUAAGUGUCGGGGGUCGGUAUGUCUGUGUGACGUUGGCUCAGGAGAGUGUGAUCAAGUUGGCUGUGGAGCACUUUGUACAGCUGGGGUGGGCGGUGAGGCUCCACUGCCUGCAGCAGGCGAGUGGAGAACAAGAGGACUCCUUUGCUCUGCCUGUCUUUGUUCUGGUCUGCACCAAGUUUCGUCAGCCCAUGUCCACACCUAUUCUGGAGAUUUGCCUCGGGGAGGAUGGAGCCCCAACGCGUCUCACGCAGGUUUUAGAGUUGUUGUCGGCUGUGAGGGAGCAUCAGGCCUACUCUGUCUUGAGAAAGAGGCUCCGCACAGGCACAGACGCCAGCUCGAACGUGUCCCUCACGCUCUGCCACGCCAAGACUGGCCUUCCCAGAUACACUCUCACAGUGCAAGAUUGUUCCCCAGGAGCCAAGGUGCCAAGAUCAAACCACUUUGCUAUAUUUAUUGUUCCUCAGGGCAGCGAGACAGCCUGGCUCUACAGCUCCAGUGAGGGGCGAAGGCAGCUGGCAGCCAGUGCUAACUUUCGGCGCCUGGUUAUUGUGGCAAUGCACAGGAAUCAGGAGUACACAGACAUGCAAGCUGUCCAGUCAGAGCUCUCACCGAUGGUGAUGGACCUGGCUCCUCGGGGUAUGCCGGCUAACCAGCAGGUGCCAUUUCUAUCAGUAGGAGGUGACCUGGGUUUGCGAGAGGAGGUCAGCAGGGGUGUGAGUGAUCUGAGUGGAGAGUAUUGUGUGGAGAAUAUCAAAGGAGAAGACGGCGAACUGUAUCGUAGACUCGUUUUCCUGUCUAAUGCUGCCCUUGUCCAAUCAGAGAGCCGUCUUGUCUCCACAAGCACCACCUCAAGUCACAAGAAGAAAAACAAAAAAAAGGCCAAGCCAGCAGCUCCUCCAACAACAUCCUCUCUGUCAGUGGACAGUGGCUUCCUCUGCUGUGCUCACCAUGAAGUCAUGGUGGCUGGCCUUGCCAUGCUUGGGGUGGGCAAACCAGACACCAACGACGUCCCAGUGUCAGUGCUCCUGGUGGGACUUGGUGGAGGAGGCCUGCCUCAGUUUCUGCGGGACUUUGUGCCCGAUGUUACUGUUGAGGUUGUGGAACUAGAUCCUGUUGUGCUGGAAGUGGCAAAGGAAUGGUUCGGGUUCAGACCAGAUGAUCGUUUGACUGUCACGCUCGGGGACGGCCUCGAACGCAUCAGUGCCCUGGAGAAGGAAGGUGGUUGUUUGUUUGAUGUCAUCAUGUUUGAUGUAGACAAUAAAGAUAGCGCUGUGGGUAUGAGCUGUCCCCCUGCUGCCUUUGUAGAAACCUCCAUCCUGCAGAAAGUCUGUGGCCUGUUAACCCCCAGAGGUAUAUUCAUACUGAACCUUGUGUGUCGCGACUCAGUCUUGAGGAAAAGUGUGCUGCAGCGGGUGAGCUCUGUGUUCCCCAGCAUCCUCUCUCGAAAGAUUGAAGGGGAGGUCAACGAAGUCCUUCUGUGCUCUCGUGGAGAAAAUGAGACACUGGAUGCCGCCCGCGUUCUUCCAUCCCUGAACCAAGCAGCCAAGAAUUUGCAGAGUGCACUGUGCUCUAACAGGACUGGAACCAGCCGCAGCCCACAUAUAGACAUUGUAGAGCUGUUAAAAGACCUGAAAGUAGAGUAAAGUUUGUUUGCGACUGGGGGGGGGGGGGGGGUUAAUUAUGUGUCAAGACUAUUUGAGACAAUAUGUUGAGGAUAAUAAAAUAUGACAAUGAGUACUUUGACUUUGCCAUUCAAUGCAAUGUAAUGAAAAGUGAUAUUAUGUAUAAAAUGCAAUC